AUGCUCCCGACUCUGGUUCUAUUAGCGAAAGGGCUCGCGGGGGUGGAGACUUGGGCGGAUCUGUCUUCUGAGACUUUACCCCUCUCCAGGGAGAGCACCAAGGAGACCAGGAAAAUGGCCACCGGGCUCCUGAGAGCCAAAAAAGAGAUGAGAAUUACCCGCCAUUCCAUCUUGACUGUCAACAGGAUGGAUCAGUUACCUUUUCUUGCCCUGGAGGCUGCCAUAUCAAAGCCAGAAAUUCAACCUUCUCCCUCCUGCCUUCAGAUAUUCUCCAGUAGGCAAGCCCUCAGCCAACAUGUGUGGUUCAGCCAUCUCCCUCAGCUGUUUUCGUGUUUGUGUACAGAAAAUCAUCCCCAUCCGGGGAAAUACUAUGCAGAUGAUCAGAAACAACAGCAGGAAAAACUCUUUGAUCAAUCCUACUUGAACAACACAGCGGAAAUUCAAGAGAAAGAAGAUUCUAAGCCCCUGUUUGGAAGAGUAAGCAAAAGUGGCACUUCACAAACAUUCUCUAGCCCACCUGACAAACAGCCAGUAAGGUCCAAGGAAGACAUCACAGUGAUGGAUAUAAGGCCUAAGCCAGAACAGAAAGCAGACUUUGAAAACAAAGUAUUGCACGGUUUAGAAGUCUCAAGAUUUGGAGCAAUCAAAUAUGAAGACUUUGGGCCAGGCUUUACCAAGGAGUCAAACCUACUUAACCUCCAGAAAACACAAACAGGGAAAAUACCUCACUUGUACUCCAAGUGGGGACAAAACUUUAGCAGUAUGUCAGUUCUCAUCAAAAACCGGACAUGCUCUGGGGAAAAGCCUUAUGUGUGCAGCAAAUGUGAGCGAGGCUUUUCCUGGAAGUCAAACCUCAUCACACACCAGAGGACACACUCAGGGGAGAAACCUUAUGUGUUCAAGGAUUGUGGACGAGGCUUUACUUGGAAGUCAAACCUCUUCACACACCAGAGGGCGCACACUGGUGAGAAGCCUUAUGUUUGCAAGGAAUGUGAGCAUGGCUUUCACCAGCAUUCACACCUCAUCAGACGUAAGAGGACAGAUUCAGGAGAGAAGCCUUAUGUUUGUAGGGAGUGUGAGCAAGGCUUCAGCCGGAAGUCUCACCUCAUCAGACACUUAAGGACACACACAGGAGAGAAGCCGUAUGUAUGCACAGAAUGUGGGCGUCACUUUGGCUGGAAAUCAAACCUCAAGACACACCAGAGGACACACUCAGGAGUUAAACCUUAUAUGUGCCUAGAGUGUGGGCAGUGCUUUAGCCUGAACUCACACCUUAACAAACACCAAAGGUCACACACAGGGGAGAAGCCAUUUGUGUGCACAGAGUGUGGGCAGGGUUUUACCCGGAAAUGUACUCAUCAUCGGAGAACACACUCGGGAGACUUCAUGUGCAGGGAGUGUGGGCGAGGCUUUAGCAGGCAGUCACACCUCAUUAGACACCACAGGACACAUUCAGGAGAGAAGCCUUAUAUCUGCAGGAAGUGUGGACGGGGCUUCAGUAGGAAGUCAAACCUCAUCAGACACUAG